UGACAGAUGGGAACCAGCCGAUCUGAUAAUGAUUACUCUAUAAAGCCAAGUCGGGGUAAUACAAUACCUACAUAUGUAGGACUUUUGACGAAAUCCUUCUUCUUGUAUGCACCUUGGUUACUUAGUAUAUAAAUGACCUCGGACUCCGAAUCCAUUAGUUCACAAGCUAAUAAUGCCCUGAUCCAAUUACUUGUUGUACACCUUCUAUAUAUAGUAUCACGUAUAUGUCUGUCAGCACUUAGUUUAUAUCUGCCUACCUACCUACCUACCUAACCUAGGUACUUCUUCACCUCUGCCAUUCCUUUAUCUCUUUCUCCCCCUCUUCUCCUUUUUCAACCCCCCAAUUCAUCAUUCAGCGUUCAUCAUGGCGGAAAUCCCAGUUAUCCAAAUCCUCGAAAAGAAGAACUACUUCAAGCAAGCCCUCGUGCCCCUCCCCUCGGCCCUCCCCCUACCACCGCUCGCAGACUCGUCCCUGCGCAUCCGCACCGAGACCCUCUGCCUCUCCACCAACAACUUCAGCUACUGCAAGGUCGGCGACCUCUUCGGCUGGUGGGACGUCCACCCCCUGCCCCCCUCCGCCCCAUCCCCUUACACCGACGCCGCAACCUACGGGCGCACCAACUGCUGGGGCUACGCCCGCGUCGUCGACUCCACCUUCGCAGACGUGCAGAAGGGGAGCUACGUGUGGGGCUACCUCCCCAUCGGCACGCUGCCGCUCGACCUCGAGGUCAAGGCCGCGGCGGAGGCCGGGGGCCAGGUCGUGGUCACGGAGGGGUACCGCCAGAAGCAGCUGGCGAUCUACAACCGCUACGCGGUGUACCCGCCGGGCUCGGCCGUGGCGGCGGAGGUCAGGCAGAGGAGCGACGCGGUCGCGUACGACUGCCUGCUGCGGGUCAUGCACCUCACGGCGUUCGUCAUGACCGAGGUCAUGUUCCCCCCCGAGGCGCAGGGCGCGGACGGCGCGGACGGCUUUGUUCCCCCGCACCUGGCGGACCUGGCGGGCGCGACGGUGCUGAGCUUUGCGCCGGGGUCGAAGGUCGGGCUUGCGUUCGCGAUGCUGCUGCGGAGCGAGGGGCGCGGGGGGGGCAGGCCCCGCCGUGUUGUGGGGGUUGCGAGCGAGGCUUCGGUCGCGUUUGUGAAGGGCACCGGGGUGUAUGGCGGCGAGGAGAACGUCGUGGCGACGACGGAGGAGCCGCUCGCGGUGCUGGAGGGCUUCGGCGCGCCCCGCGACGGCCGCGUCGUGAUAUGCGACUUUGGCGGGCGCAACGGCGUCGCGUGGAAGUGGGCAAGGGCGAUCAAGGCGGUGUUCCCGCGGACGAUGUACGUUGCUGUCGGGGGGGAGGUCACGGAUCCCACGGCCACGGCUACGGGGGAGGGGGAAGGUGGGCCGGAUCCGGAGGUCAUGGAUUUCGCGUUCGCGCACGCGGGUAUCCUGCAGGAUAUGGCGAUGAAGAAGUUUGGCGAGGGGGAGUACUUUAGGAGGCUGGGUGAGUCGUGGGAGGGCAUGAGGAAGACCGGGAUUAAGGGGUUCAGGGUUACGUGGGGAGAGGGGAUGCAGGCUGUGAAGGAGGGGUGGGAGAGGUAUACGAGGGGGGAGGUUGGCUCGGAUGAGGGGUUGGUUUUUGGGAUAUGAGGGAUGUAUACCUAGGUAUAAGCUGUGAUGAACAUGAUUUGAAUGGCAUAUAGUAACUAGCAACUAACAAUUGGGUAUUAGGUAGAUACCUACCUGCCUACCUACCUACAUAACGUCUCUAGAAAUAUGAAAUGAGGCCAAGUAACCCCGAUUGGAAUAUC